AUGUCAGGGUCGAUCUGCGAACCUAAUCUUGGGGAUUUGGACGUACUCAUUGUCGGUGCGGGUUUUAGUGGUUGUUACAACCUCCACAAACUGCGCAAGCUAGGAUGCUCUGUGAAGAUAUUCGAAGCCGGGACCGAUCUGGGGGGUGUAUGGCAUCAGAACUGUUAUCCUGGUGCAAGGGUCGAUUCGCAUGUUCCGCUUUACGAGUUCUCCAUGGAGGAGUUGUGGAAAGACUGGUCUUGGAGUGAGAAAUUUCCCGGAUACGCCGAAAUCCAGAAGUAUUUCCAACAUGUGGAUUCGAAGCUCGAUUUGAAGAGGGACAUCCAUUUCAAUACUCGCGUUGUGGCCGCUCAUUAUGAUGUGGAAUACGACCGCUGGAACGUAAGAGCUGAAAAUGGACUGCUCGCUCGACCUCGUUUCCUUCUUCUUUGCACGGGCUUUGCUGCAAAGGAAUACAUCGCUCCCUUCAAAGGCAUCGAAACUUUCGAGGGUAUCUGUCACCACACGGCGAAGUGGCCUCGGGAGGUUGUUCCCUUAGCCGGGAGGCGAGUUGCGGUCAUUGGUACAGGAUCGAGCGGAGUACAAGUUAUCCAGGAAAUAGCGCCGAUUGUAAAACACCUCACGGUCUUCCAGCGUACACCCAAUUUGGCACAUCCAAUGAGGCAGACGAAACUGGACGAAAAGGGGCAACAAAAAGCAAAGCGACUCUACCCUACGAUAUUUAAGAGGAGAUUACAGACAUUCCCUGGGCUUGACGACAACUUCCAACCAAAAGAUUUUUAUUCCGCUUCGCCAGAGGAACGCCGGCUGCAUAUGGAGGACCUCUGGAAUCGUGGUGGUGUACGAUUCUUCAUCGGUAACUACCAGGACAUUCUCUUGAACGAGAGAGCCAACAAUGAAAUUUAUGAGUUCUGGAAGGAGAAAGUUCGCGAACGAAUUGAUGACCCUGUCAACCAAGAACUUCUUGCACCUACCAAUCCUCCUCAUCCAGUUGGCACCAAACGCGCAUCUCUGGAGCAGACGUACUAUGAGGUAUACAACCAGCCCAACGUCAGCCUCAUUGACGCUGGGAAAACCCCUAUCGUCGAAAUAACGCCAGACGCUGUCGUAACCAGCGAUGGUGUUCAUCACCAAGUGGAUAUCAUUGUUCUCGCCACAGGGUUCGAUAGCAUCACAGGCUCACUAACUCAAAUAGAUAUUCGGGGGGUCGACGGUACGACCAUCAAGGACAAGUGGGCGAAGGGGGUAUAUACACACUUGGGCAUGACUACCGCGAACUUCCCAAACAUGUUCUUUUUCUACGGAGCUCAAGCCCCUACAGCGUUUAGCAACGGUCCAACUUGCAUUGAGGUGCAAGGAGAUUGGGUGACAGCGUGUAUCGAACACAUGCUAACCAAUGGUUUUACGCGCAUCGAAGCGACCCGGGAGGCAGAAGAGGAAUGGCGUAACAUGGUGUUAUCCGGUUCCAGUCAAGCCCUCUUCCAUAAGGCGAAAUCAUGGUAUCUUGGUGCCAACAUUCCCGGAAAACCUAUCGAGCAACUCAAUUUUGUUGGUGGCGUCCCAUUAUACAAUAGUAUCUGUCGGGAGAAAGCCGAGAAGGGAUACGAAGGUUUUGUACUAGCGGAGCCCCGAACCGAGUGUUCGUGCUGA